AUGCCGCCGGCAACGUCGAAGAAACGGUCAGCUACAGCGUCGAACCUCGAACACACAGCUGCCCCUGCCGGACCGUCUAACAAUGGUGCCGCUGCAACUAAUACCAUUCCCGCAACCCAGAUGGCCUUUGGCAUGAGCCACAUUGUCAUCUAUCAAGAGCUCAUGACCAUGCGUCGUGCUCUUGAUGACAUUUCUCGUCGCCAGGAGAAGAGCGACGAGACGAACAAAAACAGCGAGACGAGGCUGCAGGAGCUGCAGCCCAUGCCUAAGCGACUGGAUGAUCUGGGAGCCGAACUGAACAAUCACUAUGCAGCAGCAGAGGGAAAGAUCCGGAAGCAGGAGGAAGAGCUUAGAGCUUUUGCAGAUAGGCUCUUCCAGGGCGAUGAAGAGAGGGCGGCUUUGGACCGCAAGGUUGCACAACUCGUCGCUGAGCAGUCCUUGCAGGCGACGCAGGAUGACCCAGAUAACUUUCGGGCUGUUGUCAGAAAGAGGCCUCGAGCUGUCGACAGUGAGGAGCCUAUCUCAGCGCCGCCCAAGCCUCAACAGCAACCGAAGAGACGCGUUAAAUUGGUCCCCGAACAAUCCAAGUCUAGAGCCCCCAAGUCCAACCCGGCAAAGUCCAAUGCUCCCAAGCGCCUCCCAACGCAAUUUGAGAUCUUCCAGAGAUACAAGCAAGGCAAAAUGGAUGAGUACUACCGAGCGCCUCGCAGGAGGGGCAACGAUUUGAGGAAAUUCAUCAACGAUUUUAUUCAGGGCAUUGAAGACGAAGGAAUUUCUAAUUCUGUGCAGGAUAACCUCUUGAAACAGUUUUCUGGCUCAGUUCGGAAACUCAAGACCCGUAAAGGAUCCCGAUUCAUUGCCAUAGGGAAUGAGCUCCAAUGGGAAGAUAUCAGUCAGGUUGUUGAUGACCCGAAGCUACGAGAUGAUUUGGAGUGA